CCAAAAGUGCCUUGAGCUGCUCAAGAUGCCGAGAGGCUUCCUGGUCAAGAGGAGCAAGAGGCUCAACCCGCUGUCGUACCGCCGGCGGUGCCAGGAUGAGGCGGAGGAGCGGAAACCUUUGGGGGCUUCAUCGCAAGAGCUCACGAGCGCGUCCACGCGCUCCCGCUGGACGGCGGCACCGGAGCGCCAGUGCGGAGCCGCUCGCUUCGGCAUACCGGAGGGGGUGUACCGAGCCCUCUGUAGCCCAACCUGGCCGGCGAGCGCAGAGCGGGAAGCCGAGAGGCACCCGGCUUCGGGUUUGGCUUCGCCGGCGUCGGCCGAGGCCUUCCCCGCCGCGCUCGCCGCCCUGGGGCACCUCUUCGACAUGGGCUCCGGCGCCGCUGACCCCGAGUGCAAAGUCAAAGCCGCCAGCAAAAGGGUCAAGAACAUGCGGAAGCUGCACUUUGAGGACCACGUCACCACCUCGCCCGUUCUGGGGCUAAAGAUCCGGGCCGUUCCGGCCGCCGAGCGCCGCUCUCCGGGCGGCACGGACGGCCGGUUUGUGUGCCAGCUGUGCGGGGAGGCGUACGCCGACCCGCUCGGCCUGGCCCAGCACCGCUGCUCCAGAAUCGUCCGAGUGGAGUACCGCUGCCCCGAGUGCGACAAGGGAUUCAGCUGCCCCGCCAACCUGGCGUCACACCGCCGCUGGCACAAGCCCAAGGCGCAGGCUAAGAGCCUCCCCGCGGCGGGGCCCGGCCCGUCCGAGUCCGCUUCGGAAGGGGAGGAGCCGGGCCGGCGCGCUCGGGGCACCGAAAGGUUCAACCGUCAAUCCUGCCUGUGGAACCACGCGGCCGUGCGGCACACCCCCAUCGACCUGAGCGCAGCUGCGUCCGAGGACGCCGACGGGUUGCGCGGCCGGCAAGUGGUCGGCGCGUCUGCCUCGCGGUUCUGAGGUUCCGGGUUGCGAUCUGGGUUCAUUCCUGCGUCAUCUCGGCUUCACUGGAGAAUCGACAUCUGCAAAUGCGAAUACGUGCUUGCCGGCGACCCGGCAGUACAUUUGAUGUCCCGUUGCUUCCCUGUCGUCAUCCCUCCACGUGUGCGACUGGCACAGUGACGCUUGCUUAUCAACUUUUGGCUCGUCAGAUCGUACCGGAGCAAAAAACAAAGCGACUAGCGUCACCACCAAUGCCUUAGGUCAAAAAAAAAAUAUUUGAAGGUUCAACUCCUUUACCACCAUUUUGCUCUUAUUUAUGUAUUUAUUCAUGUGCGUGUAUUUAUUCAGAUAAAUUAUUACCUCUAAAAUAUCAAAUGGAGCGCGAGAAGAUUGUGCUUGCUGUGACUUUUUAGCAAUUAGCAAUCAACUCUGCAAUUAAGGUUUAUGUGUGUUCUGUUUUGCUUUUCUUUGUGUGGGCGUGUUUUGAGAGCUUGCUCAUUGUUUUGGAUGUUUCUGGACUCUUUUGACAAAUGUCCAAAAAGAAUAAAAACUAACAAGUGUCGUCAUGGAAACACAAACACACGCAGUUAGCAGCGGUGAGACGCUUGUGACAAGAUUGACGUUUCUUUGGCGGAAAAUAUGAUUACGGCGCGGCGCAGGUGAGCGCAGAUGAUCAGGCUGCCUUGCCGGAUCAUAGCUCAGCUUAGGGAAGGUUUAAUCACCUUCUCCGUGUCGAGCGAAUUAAAGAGGAGCGGCUCCUCCUUUCUGGCCUCUUUUUAAUCGCCACUUCUGUCGCCGUCUCAUCUCUCUUUUAAUCAUUGAUGACGAGAACGAGAUGAAAAGGCUACAAAUGUAGCGUUGGGAGCUGAGAUGAGCAAGAAUUUUGCAAGUAUUCACGCUAAUGUUGAAGCAAACAUUGGAGGUAACAACUGACAGCAGUUGCCAGGGCAACGCCCUUCCCCAAAUCCCACCCCCCAACCCCAAUCCGUUUGAGGCGUGUCCAAUCACCAGAAGUGGCCUCUGCAAAGGAGGGUUGGAGUGAGGGGGGGGGCUCCUAUUCCAGGGGCCACCUGAGCCACUUGUCAGCAGAGCAUCAGACAGUUGCCAUAGCAACCAAUGACAAGUGAUGAACAUUCACUCUGCUUCUGGAACAAACACUGGCCUCAUCCUGCCCACCGCCCCCCAU